AUGGUGUGGUUCCAAUGCGAGGACUGUGGCGAGAACCUCAAGAAGCCCAAGCUCGCCGGCCACUUCCGCUGCUGCUCCGCGUACAAGCUGUCAUGCAUUGAUUGCGGCGAGUUCUUCAGCCAGGAAACCGUGCAGGGGCACACCCAGUGCAUCUCCGAGGCCGAGAAGUAUGGUCCUAAGGGACAGAACAAGCCAUCCAAUGGUGUACAGGGUAAGGCAGAUAAGCCAAAGCCAAAUGCAGAUGUUGAUAUCAAUGUUGGGCUGUCGACACGGCCUCCUUGGUUCUGUAGCCUAUGCAAGACCACUACCACAAGCAAGCAAACCCUCUUACUGCAUGCUGAUGGGAAGAAGCACAGGGCAAAGGCGAAGGCCUUCCAUGCUUCUCAGAAACAAAAAGAUGGUGCAGAACAAACUCCAGAUGUGAAGGAAGCCGGAGGUGUACCCACAAAAGAAUCUGCUCAAGUAAAUGGUGGUGUGAGUGGUGAUCGUGAAAGAAAUGAAGAUAAAGAUGCUGGGAAAAGAAAACGAAUGGAUGACAUGACCAUGGAGGAGCCAGAUAACACAAAAAGACAGCAUUUAACAAGUUCGAGUGUUGUAGAGUUGACGCAGUCUGGAGAUGAGAAGUCAGAAAACAAAGCGAAGAGUAAGGCAGAUGAACUAGCAAGUGGUGCCGACUGCAAAAGUGUUCAAAAACAAAAGAUCAAAUGGAAGAAGAUUAUUGCUAAAACACUGAAGACGCACACAGAUGGAGUGAUGAAGCUAAAGAAGCUACAAAAGCUAGUCUCCAAGGAGCUUCAGGAAUGUGGUGUCUCUAAAGACAAGGAGGGGCUCCGUGCUACCUUGAUGGAUAAAAUAGCUUCAAGCUCCAGAUUUUCUGUUGAUGGCAAGCAUGUUAGACUGGUGGCCAAGAAUGAAGAAGAAUCUUAG